AGAAGUAGUAAAAAAAAAAAAACACAUCAAAAUUUUGUACAAAAAAAACUUAUAAUUCUCUCAAAUAAAUUUUAUUGUUCAUAUUUUUCGUUACAAGUUUAUUGUAAAGAUGAUUUUUUCGUGGAUACGUAAAAAGAAGGUUACAAAAUUGAACUCUUGUAAAGAACUUUCGAUUCCAUCUCAUUUUCUUUGUCCGAUUUCUCUUGAUUUAAUGAAAGAUCCAGUCACAUUAUGUACUGGAAUUUCAUAUGAUCGUGAAAACAUCGAAAAAUGGAUCGAGGCACGGAAUUCAACGUGCCCCGUGACGAAUCAACGUUUGAGAAAUUUCAAUCUCAUACCAAACCAUGCCAUAAGGAAAACAAUUCAAGAUUGGUGUGUGGAGAAUAAAGAUUAUGGCAUUGAAAGAGUUCCAACUCCUAGAAUUCCAAUCGAUUCGUCUCAAGUAACGGAGAUUUGCUCGAGGCUAAUGAUUGAAGCUCAACGAGGGAACGAGAUGAAAUGUAGAGAGUUAGUGGGACGAGUCAGGAUUUUAGCUAAAGAGAGCGAGAGAAACAAGAAAUGCAUAGUGGAAUGUGGGGUAGGUUAUGUUUUUGCAACAUGUUUUGAGAUUUUCUCUAUGGGAAUUCAGGAUGAACUCUUGAAGGACUUGUUAUGGGGGAUGACGUGGAUGUUUCCUAUUGGACAAGAGGGGAUAUCGAAACUCGUGUCAUCGACGUCUUUACGUUGCAUGGCAAGGUUUAUGAAAGGUGAAGAUUUAUCAGCAAGACAAAAUGUAGUUAUAGUCAUGAAAGAAUUGCUCUAUUAUGACCAAAGUUGCACAAAUGUGUUAAUAGAUAUCGAAGAUUUGGUUGAAUCUUUGUACCAAAUGGUGAAAGUACCGAUUUGCCCCUCCACGACGAAAGCGUCGUUAACGGUGAUAUACUCUAUUAUCUCAUAUACAUCAAGUGAAAAUAACAAGAAAAUUGUGUCUAAAUUCGUAAACAUGGGGUUAGUUUGUUUGGUUGUUGAAAUGCUUGUGGAUUGUGAAAACAGUAUAAUAGAGAAGGGAUUGGCUAUUUUGGACAUAAUUUGCAAUUUUGAAGAAGGGAAACAAAAGGCUUAUGAACAUGGAUUGACUAUGGCAAUAAUAGCCAAAAAAAUAAUGAGAGUUACAGAAAUGGCCACAGAAUGUUCAAUUUCAAUUUUGUGGAAACUUUGCAAAAGUGGAAAUAAUGAGAAUAAUUCAGUAAUUGAGGCAUUGGAAUUAGGUGUAUUUCAAAAAUUAUUGGUGGUUUUACAAGUGGGAUGUGGUGAAAAAACUAAGGAAAAAGCUACUGAAUUGUUGAAAUUGAUGAAUCUUUACAAAGAUAGAGUGGAUUGCUUUGAUGGAUCAACUUUCAAGUAUCUCAAGAAGUCAUAUUGAAAGGAAAUUUAGGUCAUUCGUACUCUUUGAAAAUAUCGAUAUAUGUAGUUGUCGUGACAGAUGUUGUCUUCGAUUUGAUACGCUCUUAGUAAUAUUAGUGAUAGUUUUGGAGGAUCUCAGCAACAUAGAAAGAAACACAAUUUUUGUAAUACGUAGAAAAUUAAUGUGUAUAGAUGUAGAAAAAAAGCGAUUAACCAGGUAGAAAUAUAUUUGAUUGAAAUUUGUGUGAUCAUUGAUCUUUA